ACACAGUCCAACCGACUGCAUUGUGAAGUUGAGGAGUCGACAAAUCAACCUGCUGAAGUUCAGUGAGAAAGACACAAAUUCUGGUUUGGUUUAUUUUACAGCACAUCUAUUUGCAAAAAAGGAAAGGAUUACUACCGACGUUCAAAGGUGAAAUGGCACAGAGACAAAAUCAGACAGCGUCAGCUAAAUACUCCUGUUCCAUCUGUUUGGAUCUACUGAAGGAUCCGGUGACUAUUCCCUGUGGACACAGUUACUGUAUGAACUGUAUUAAAAGCCACUGGGAUGGAGAAGAUCAGAGGAAAAUUCACAGCUGCCCUAAGUGCAGGAAAGAGUUCAUACCAAGGCCUGUCCUGGAGAAAAACAUCAUGUUAGCUGAUUUGGUGGAGGAUCUGAAGAAGACUGGACUCCAAGCUGCUCCAGCUGAUCACUGCUAUGCUGGACCUAAAGAUGUGGCCUGUGAUGUCUGCACUGGGAGGAAGAUGAAAGCUGUCAAGUCCUGUCUGGUCUGUAUGGCUUCUUAUUGCCAAAAUCACCUUCAACCUCACUAUGAAUCACCUACGUUUAAAAAACAUAAUCUGGUUGAAGCGUCUACUAAACUUCUGCAGAACAUCUGUUCUCGUCAUGAUGAGGUGAUGAAGAUCUUCUGUCGAACUGAUCAGCAGUGUAUCUGUUAUCUCUGCACUAUGGAUGAACAUAAAGGCCAUGAAACAGUCCCAGCUGCAGCAGAAAGAGCUGAGAAGCAGAAGGAGCUCCAGGAGAGUCGACAACAAAUCCAUCAGAGAAUCCAGGACCAAGAGAAAGAUGUGAAGCUGCUUCAACAGGAGGUGGAGGCCAUCAAUGUCUCUGCUGAUAAAGCAGUGGAGGACAGUGAGAAGAUCUUCACUGAUCUGAUCCGUCUCCUCCAGAAAAGAAGCUCUGAUGUGAAGCAGCAGAUCAGAUCCCAGCAGGAAACUGAAGUGAGUCGAGUCAAAGAUGUUCAGGAGAAGCUGGAGCAGGAGAUCACUGAGCUGAAGAGGAAAGACGCUGAGCUGGAGCAGCUCUCACACACAGAGGAUCACAACCAGUUUCUCCUCAACUACCCCUCACUGCCAGCACUCAGUGAGUCUACACACUCAUCCAGCAUCAACAUCCGUCCUCUGAGGCACUUUGAGGACGUGGCAGCAGCUGUGUCAGAGCUCAGAGACAUAAUGCAGGACGUCCUGAGAGACUCAUGGAGAAACAUAGAACUGAAGGUCACUAAAGUGGAUGUUAUACUGUCAGAACCAGAACCAAAGAGCAGAGAUGAAUUCUUAAAAUAUUCACAAAAAGUCACUCUGGAUCCAAACACAGCACACAGGAAGCUGUUUUUAUCAGAUGGAAAUAGAAAAGUAACAUCAAAACUUCCCUCAUCUUCUGUAUUGCGGUAUCAUUUCAGUGAUCCAGACAGAUUCACUGAUUAUAAUCAGGUUCUGAGUAGAGAGAGUCUGACUGGACAUUGUUAUUGGGAGGUGGAGAGGAGAGGAGGAAGAGUUGCUGUAGCAGUUUCAUACAAGAACAUCAGCAGAGAAGGAAGGUCAGAUAAGUGUGCAUUUGGAUUUAAUAACAAAUCUUGGUCAUUAUAUUGCAACAGAAACAUUUACACUUUUCAUCACAACAACAUUGAAACUCCAGUAUCAGGUCCAGUUUCCUCCAGGAUAGGAGUGUACCUGGAUCACAAAGCAGGUAUUCUGUCCUUCUACAGCGUCUCUGAAACCAUGACUCUCCUCCACAGAGUCCAGACCAGAUUCACUCAGCCGCUACACGCUGGGAUCCGGCUGUUUGAUGAGGCAGAUUUUGCUGAGUUCAUUAAAGUCAAAUAGAGUCAGAACAGCAUAAAUGAACCAGUGACAUACUCACACCUAGGGACUGCGGGAGGAAGCCGGAGUACCCAAAGAGAACUCACGCAUGCACAGGGAGAAAAUGCAAAAUCC